AUGGCCCUCCUGGAGAUCGCGUGUUUCAACCCCGAAAGCGCUAUUCUCGCCGAUGAAGCAGGCGCAGAUCGGAUUGAGCUCUGUGAGAACCAGGAGGCCGGAGGCACAGCACCGCCAAUCGAAUGGCUGACAGUCGUCAAAGCCAGAGUCAAUAUACCCGUCUUCGUCAUGAUCAGACCGCGUGGUGGAGACUUUGUGUACUCAGAAUCUGAAUUUGAAUCCAUGAUUGCCAACAUCGACAAAUUCAAAGCCAGCGCGGAUGGAUUUGUCUUCGGACUCCUGGAUCAGUACCGGAGGAUUGAUAUGGACAGGACGACAAGACUUGUGAGGCAAGCAAGUCCCCUGCCAUGUACAUUUCAUCGGGCAUUUGACGAGACACCGGACGCCUCUGAGGCUCUGCAGGCUGUCAUAGCCACUGGGUGUGCCGCUAUCCUUACCUCGGGAGGCGCGUCGACAGCGCAUGAGGGUAUUGAGGCCCUCAGGACACUCACUCAGAAGGCUCAAGGGCGAAUCACGGUCAUUCCUGGUGGCGGAGUUCGACUGCAGAAUCUGUCCCACCUACGAGUAGCGACUGGAGCAAGCACUUUCCAUUCUUCCGCGCUGGCAUCUGGUGCAACGAUACCGGAUGCGUCGGAUAUUCGGCAGAUGAAGCGGUUGCUGGAUAACGAGGUCGGAGACAAGAGCAGAGAAUAG